UUUUAUUAUACUAUCAUAAAAGAUCACAUUCUUUUCAAAAACAAUCUUUCUCUUUGCAUAUGUUUGUGUAUUAUAUGCAUAUAUGCCCCUAGGUAGUGGAGAUGUGCAAAUCUAUAACGCGUAUGCUACAUUAGCCUAAUAGUUACCACCGAGGAUGGAAGAGCUGGUGGAAAAGCUGUAUAUUUUUCCAGUGACUAUAACGCAAUGUUGCAAGCGCACGGAAUGUACAUGACACUGUGCGGGACUAACUGCAUUCAAAAAGGAAAAAAAAAACAAUAAACUGAGCUGUCCAAAACGGUUUCUUAACUAGUUAUUAUGCUCAGUGAGUCGGACACAGAAAGCCCGUUCGGAGCGAUCUAUGUAGAAAGCCAUAAUGUUGAUAUUAGAAAGUAUCUAGCCAAGCCAAUGCAACGUGGAGCCCUACGCUGUGGCGAAAAAGGCUCCCUUUCCCAUGCACAUCACGUCUUCGUGUGUCUUUCUGGGGAUGGGAAGGAUGCAUUGCUGGUGUUCGGAAAAUCACGCUUUGAUUUCUUACACAGCAAAGCCCGGAGGGUUCAAAAGAGGGACCGUGCUGGUGGUUGACCUCUCUCGGGUGUGUGUGUGUGUGAUUGUUUGUAUGUGUAUAGACUCCAGCUUGCCUAUUGGCAUCUUGUUCUAGCACCCUCCUCUCUCUCCCCUCCUCUCCAUCCCUCCCUCGCCCCUGGUUGCUUUUGUCUUCUUCUUCUUCUUCUUUUUUUUUUUUGGAAUUUCAGGCUCAUUUUAUGGAGUUUCUGCCCCUCUCUGCGUCAGCCCCACGUCACUUUGCCAGCAGCUCCUGAGCUUGGGCUGGAGCUGGAGCCUGGGCUGCUUUAUUAUCAGCUGGAGGAAGGAGACGGUGCGUAAAGGGCAGAGCCAGGAGCCGCGAGCCCCCCGGCAGCAGCAGCGCGCCGAUUCCUCUCCCCCAGGCAGCAGCGGCCGGAGCAGGCAGCGCCCCCGCAGUUCCGCCGCCUCCCGCGCUCGCCCCGAGCGGCUCCGGGGAGCCCGGGCAGGCAGCGGGGAGCGGAGGCGUCGCUCCUGCCCGGCCCAGCGCGCCCAUGUGAGCCCAGCCGGGGCCGGCACCGAGCCCUCCCGCAGCAAGAUGCCCGAGUCCCAGCAGCUCUGAAGCGCCCAGGACGCUCCGCACACGCCGGGACGGUCGCUGGAGGAGGCCGUCGGGGCAUCGGGCAGCGCUGGAUUGAUCGGGGCAGCAUGGUGUCCUGGCGGAGGAGGUGGCAGGGGCCCGGCCUGGCCCGGCUCUGGGGCUUCUGCUGCCUGGUGCUGGGCUCCUGGAGGGCUUUGCUCGCCUGCCCGGCGCCUUGCACAUGCAGCGCCUCGCGGAUCUGGUGCAGCGAGCCCGCGCCGGGCAUCGUGUCCUUCCCGGUCCUGGAGGGGAGCGCCGAGCGGGAGAACAUCACCGACAUUUACAUCGCAAACCAGCGGAAAUUAGAAAGCAUCAAUAACAAUGAAGUUGGACUUUAUGUUGGACUGAAAAAUCUAACCGUGGUGGAUUCAGGCUUAAAGUUUGUGUCCCGUCAGGCAUUUCUGAAAAACACCAACCUGCAGUACAUUAAUUUCUCCAGAAACAAGCUCUCAAGUUUGUAUAAGAAGACUUUCCGCCAUCUGAAUUUAUCUGAUCUGAUUCUAGUGGACAAUCCGUUCAAGUGUUCCUGUGAUGUUAUGUGGAUCAAGAUAUUUCAGGAGACCAAGUUUUCUAACACAGAAACUCAGGAUUUUUACUGCAUAAAUGACAACAACAAGAGGAUACCCCUUUCGGACAUGCAGAUCCCCAACUGCGGCUUGCCCUCAGCAAACUUGAGUGUUUAUAACCUCACUGUUGUGGAAGGAAGGAGCACUACACUGUACUGCGAAGCUACUGGGGUGCCAUCUCCCAAUGUAUCCUGGGUUGUCCCUAAUCUUGUUUCAAAACAUGAGAGUAAUACAAGUAAGAAUCCUGCUUCCCUAACCAUAAGGAAUGUUUCAUCUAAGGACAGUGGAAUACGGAUUUCAUGUAUAGCAGAAAAUAUUGUGGGAGAAGACCAAGCUUCUGCUGACCUUGUGGUGUUCUUUGCACCAAAUAUCACAUUUAUUGAACCUCCAACCCCGGACCACCACUGGUGUAUUCCAUUCACUGUGAAAGGGAACCCCAAGCCCUCAUUGCAGUGGUUCUAUGAAGGGGCUAUACUGAAUGAGUCUGAAUACAUCUGUACUAAAAUACAUGUUAGCAAUCAAAGUGAAUACCAUGGCUGCCUUCAGUUGGACAACCCUACCCAUUUGAACAAUGGUGCUUAUACCUUACUGGCGAAGAACGAGUAUGGAGAAGAUGAAAAAAGGGUUGAUGCUCAUUUCAUGUCAAUGCCUGGAGAUGGUAGUGGCCCAAUCCUGGAUCCUGAACUUUAUGAUUAUGAAACUACGCCUAAUGAUAUUGGAGACACCACGAAUAACAGUAAUCAAAUCACUUCUACGGAUGUUUCCAACAAAGAGAAUGAAGAUAGCAUCACUGUGUAUGUUGUGGUGGGGAUUGCAGCAUUAGUGUGCACUGGCCUAGUGAUAAUGCUCAUUAUUCUGAAGUUUGGAAGACACUCCAAGUUUGGGAUGAAAGGUCCUUCUUCAGUUAUCAGCAAUGAUGAUGAUUCGGCAAGUCCCCUCCAUCACAUUUCGAAUGGGAGUAACACUCCAUCCUCUUCUGAGGGCGGCCCAGAUGCUGUCAUCAUUGGAAUGACAAAGAUUCCUGUCAUUGAAAACCCCCAGUACUUUGGAAUCACCAACAGUCAGCUCAAGCCAGACACAUUUGUUCAGCACAUCAAACGACACAAUAUUGUUCUAAAAAGAGAGCUGGGAGAAGGAGCCUUUGGGAAAGUCUUCUUGGCCGAGUGCUAUAACCUUUCUCCAGAGCAGGACAAGAUCUUGGUGGCGGUGAAGACACUGAAAGAUGCCAGUGAUAAUGCUCGGAAAGACUUCCACCGAGAGGCAGAAUUGCUGACUAACCUACAGCAUGAGCACAUUGUGAAGUUUUAUGGCGUGUGCGUGGAAGGUGAUCCACUCAUCAUGGUUUUUGAGUACAUGAAGCAUGGAGAUCUGAAUAAAUUCCUCAGGGCACAUGGACCAGAUGCAGUACUGAUGGCAGAAGGCAACCUUCUAGCUGAGCUGACCCAGUCCCAGAUGUUGCACAUUGCCCAGCAGAUUGCAUCCGGCAUGGUUUACUUGGCAUCACAGCACUUUGUGCAUCGUGAUCUUGCCACCCGGAACUGCCUGGUUGGUGAGAACUUGCUGGUGAAGAUUGGAGAUUUUGGAAUGUCCAGAGAUGUGUACAGUACUGAUUACUACAGGGUUGGUGGUCACACCAUGUUGCCCAUUCGUUGGAUGCCUCCUGAGAGUAUCAUGUACAGGAAGUUCACCACAGAAAGCGAUGUCUGGAGCUUGGGGGUCGUUUUAUGGGAAAUCUUCACCUAUGGCAAACAGCCAUGGUAUCAGCUCUCAAACAAUGAGGUGAUCGAGUGCAUCACUCAGGGCCGAGUUCUGCAGCGACCUCGUACGUGCCCAAAGGAAGUGUACGACUUGAUGCUGGGUUGUUGGCAACGGGAGCCUCACAUGAGGCUCAACAUCAAAGAAAUCCAUUCCCUCCUUCAGAACUUGGCCAAGGCUUCUCCAGUUUACCUGGAUAUUCUAGGCUAGAGCCUCCUAGCAUUUCCUCUUAUGGGCUGUGUGAAUGAAUGUGUUCAACGGCCGCUGAACUCCAUCAAAAUAUGUUCUUAACUCUGACAGUAGUAAUGACAAAGAUGCGGAGAAGCUUUCAAAGGGCAAGCAAUGUGCACUUCUCCAUCUGUAGACACAGUAUUGACUUUUUUGACAUUAUUGAAAUGUAUCUCUUUUCUCUUUCUCUUUCUGUUUCUCUCAUUUUUUCUCUCUCCUUCUAUUCAAUCUGGCUUCUGCGUUAUUGUAACUCUGCAUAGACAAAGGCCUUAAAAACCUGAUCUGUUAUAUCAGCAGACACUCCAGAUUGCCCACCACAACUAACAAUGCCUUGUUGUACUCAUGCCUUUGAUGUGGAUGAAAAAAGGGAAAAAAAUAUUUGACUCGAACUUUGUGACUUCUGCUGUACAGAUACUGGGAGUUUCUCUUGAUUCACCUCUACUUUUUUUGCUUCGGUGUAUGGGUGGAAAAAGAAGAUUGGUGUUCUCUAUGGGAAGCUUAUUUCUAGUUGAGAUAAAGCCAGAUAGAAAGAAAACAACGUUGUGUGAGCCACUAUAUGGAAGAACUAUGGGAUUAGAUGGCAUCCAACCCCGCUCAAAAACACUGAAAUGAUUUAAUGGAAGGAAAGGAUUCUGUGCUUUCCUCUGGGAGUCUGUCUGAGGAGUAAAGGGAUUGUUUAAAGAGUGUGCUUGGUUAGUACUUUUCAUCAUCAGCUCCAGUACAAUGGUCUAUGGUAAAAAGAAAAAGAUGCUGCCUGCAUUGCACUAGAUUACACAAUACUAUGAUAAGCUAAAUACAAUCCCUCAACUUGUCUUAGAGUAGGGUAUUGUGAUAGCACUGGUAUAAAAGUGCUCUCCGGCUAGCCUUUGGUAAUACAGGCUGAAGCUAGGCUGAUUAAUGUACAGUAUGCAUUUCAGGGUCAAGUGUUGAAGCUGAGGACUUUGAUCAGACAGGACAAGUUGUAGAUGCUGAGGCAAGCUGUAGAUACUGUGCUUGUCAGGCAGCAUAUUCCUACUGCUGUCCUUCUCCAUUCCCGUUUUUUCACUGUGCAAGCAAAAUUGUGCAUGGUCUUCGUCGAUUAAUGCCCUUUGUGCAGAAACUAUUGCUCAUCUUGUUGUACACCCUGAUAGGAAUAGCAAAUCCAUAAAGGUAUAACAUAUUUAAUUAGAGGGAGCUAAUGGAGGUCAUUAGCUACAUUCAGAUGUCUUUACAUUGUUACAGAUAUGAUACGACGCAAGUAAUUUAAAACAUGGAAAUAGUAGAUUAUGUUUGAUCCAUGGCAGGGGAUGAUAGAAUUAAGUCCCUGGACUUAAUCUAGACCGCUAGAUAUGAUCCUGUGGUUAUCACUUGAUAUUAUAGCAUACAGACCCUGAGUUCAGCACCAAUUUCUGGUUGAUCUAGUGGUGUCAUUCCCAGCAUCCACUGUUCUGUAAUUUAUUUAUGUCUGGUUGGAAAGGCAUUGUGUGCAUACAGUAUAUGCAUGGCCACUGUGCUGAUGGCAAGUGCAUGGGCAUCUAUGUUUAUUUUUCAAACAGAUGCUGAAGAUUUAAAAUUUAGAUUUAGGAUUAUUUUUCUUAUGAACUCUUACAAAUGGAAAUAAAUCUUACCUGUUCCUCAAGAACAUUUGCCUCCCUCUGUGAGGGGGCCUUGCUGCAAAAAAUUGUCUUUUUUUUUUUUAAAUAUUAUGAGCCAGAUCAAAGAGUAGUAGUGGUUCUUCAUCUUUGUGUUGUGGUUAUUUUAUUUAAUACGUUAAGCAUUUUAUUUUUGUAAGUGUUCCCAUAAUAUGUUAAUAUAUAAUUUGCUUGCAUAUAUUAUUUAUUAAAGCACUUUCUUUUUUUCUUCAGUGGCUUUUAAAGCCAGUUCAUAGAGAUUUUGAACAUUUUCAGAAAUAAAACAAUUGACUGGACAGUGAUGGAAUUGAACCCUCCUCUAUGUCAGUGAAAAAAAGCAUUAAAAAUAAACUUAACAAUGUAACUAUAAAGCCAUAUGCAGUAUUUCUUUAAUAAACCAGAUGUUAUUUCUGAACCACUAGAACUGGAAAUAAAAAAAAAAAGCCAGAGGAAGACUCAUAUAAAAUGGGCUUUAAGAUUUUAUCUGGGCUGUCUUAGAAGUUUGAAUAGCAAUAGCCCUGUUAGAAAAAAAUUGAACAUUCAGGGAAACCCAUUCUCUUGAGGGCCUGAGUUUUAUGUUUUUAAGAAAUUCAGUUUCAAUAUAACAGAAAGUGGAAAAGAAAAUGUAAAGUGUCAAGAGUCCACUGAGACUAUACUUUUAGUGUGAAGAGGGAAGGGUUGUGUGUUGGGGAAGGGAGGUACAAAACUCCUACCUGUUGUAUUCUGUCAUAGUUUCUUAUGCCCUUUAGAAAAAUGUAUCCUUUUUGUCUCCAAGAUAUUGUUCUCUCUGGGCAAUCGCCCUAACCUGAAAGCAAACAGGUAGGUUUUGCAAGAACUAAUAGAAUGUAUACCAAAAAUGAAGAAAAAAAUACAAUUUGAUCUAAUGGCAUCCUUUUUUCAUUACUAAAAGAGCAUACUAGAGACAUGUAUAGGGAAAAUAUAGUGUGUUAGAAUACACUGUGCAACAGCAUAUCAGUAUGUCAAACUUAAAGGACCAAAUGUUCUACAGAGCCAAAAAUAUGAAUAAACUUGGCCUAUAUCACACAUGUGAACAGUAGUCCAUAAAAGCUAUAAUCAAUGUAGACUAGCUAUUAACUAAUGCUAAACCAGUUCUUGCAUUUAUUCAUAAGGGGGUGUAAGUGUAGCAAAAUGAGUGGAAAAGAGAAAAAGAAAUAUGUUCAAAUGGCAAUGAGGGGUGAAUGUAUGUAUAGACAUUUGUCAUGCUUGCAACUUCAGCUAAAUCUUGUACACUGAGCAAAUAUGACAAUCAGGCUCAUUACAAAAUCUUUUGGACUAUGCUACAAACCGAUGAUAUAUAUAUAUAAUAUAUAUUAUAUAAUAUAUAUUAUAUAUAUGUGUGUUUACAUAGGGUGUGUAUAUAUACAUGGUAUAUACAUAUAUGUAUAUGUGUGUUAUAAAUAUUUGAUUUAUACAUAUGCAGACAUGCAUAUACAGUAUGUGUGAUUGUGUGUAUAUGUAUAAAUUUACAUAUACAUGUAUUAUAACAGAUUAUAAUUAGGGUACAAUGUUAUUAAUAAAGUCCGCUAAAUAACCAAAAUCCUGUUUUCCUUUGGUAUUUCUUUUUCUAUGUUUAUAAGAUUUAACUUUUUAUGUAAAUGCAGUUUCGCAUGGGUGGAGGAAAUACUAGAAUGCCAGAGAUAUUUUUAACAAUCAACAUUUUUUUCCAAAUGAUUGUAUAAAAGCAAUCCCUCCAUUAUUGUCUAAUAUUCAUUGAUUUCUCACAUAGCAAUGAACAGAUUGGCUUCAAACUUCCUAGAAGAAAGUUUGGUUUAAAAUAAUUUCUGUUUUUGUGCUAUUAUUGUUGUAUUGUUCAACAGCAGUACUACAGCUCCAUUGGCAUUUUGCACUUCUCUUCAGUUACAAAAUAAUUCCAAGAAUGAACUGGAAUUUUCAGAUUGCAACACAACUGGUAGAACAAUGGUGAGAACUCCAAAACCCUGCAGUAAUAAUAGCAGCAGCUAGUAUUAGGAAUUUCCCACGUUCUCUCCUUCACCCUCAGUAAAUCUGCAGAACUCAGCAACCAGCUGUAGCGAACAGUAUUUGUAAAGCAACAGCACCCCAUGAUGCAUGAUGGAACUUCUUUUUACAUAGGAGUUCAUUCAUUUUGAUUUAUAAACCAAUAUAUUUAUAGAUUAUCUGCUGUUCAAUAAAUAACUGCCAUUUACUUCUCUCUCUCUCUCUUUCUGCUCUUUGGAGAUAUUUUUGUUGUGCUCAAUAUAGACUUUCACAGAACACUUUAAAGAUAAAAGAAGCACCCCAAUAAAGCGAUCAAGUCACUAGCUGACUAAGUUAUAGUGCAUAUAUGUAAUAACAAGACUGUCUCCAGGUUGUUACAGCCUGUAAAAGAAAUUCAAAUAUUGCUGUAAGAAUGUGGGAGUGGGUGGGGAGGGGGUUGGGGUUUGUGGUUGAAGAUGAAGGUUUUGAUAGCACAGGAAGCUGUAUUUUCUUGUUGUCAGGGUUGGGAUGAACCACUGCUGCUCUGAGUCAAGAGGUCCUUGAAGAGCCUUAGUUAAUUUUUAUUUUAUUUUAUUUUUUUGCUACAUUCAUCACAAAUAUGAAGCAAAAAAAAGUCUACAAUGUUGCAGGGAAAACACUGUGAAUUUCACAACAGCAACCAAGUGACUAUUUUGCCAUCUUUUUAAAGUACGUCUCAGGAGAAGAAAUGGGAAAUGAUGGGUAUAUUAUUUUCUUGUCUAUGCAUUCUAGGCCAGGUCUCUGUUUUUUUUUGUUUGCUUGUAGAAAGUUCUGAGUGAAGAUUGGCUGAAAUGUAUUUUAUAAACACAGAAUACUUUGGGCAAGCAUAGCAGAAGCUGCUUCUAGCAAGGCUAUUUGGCAGGAAGGCAUAAGAAAACAAAAAUCAAAUAAAAUCUUUUCAGAGGCCUAUAUCUUGCAGCUUAUAUGUAUUGUUCUGUAACAUAAAGAAAAACAAAUGUCGAACAAGCAGCUGAGAAUUUUAUAUACAAGUAAUUCAAUUCAGUGUGGAUGUUUAAUUACAUCACCAAUAGAGAAAGAUUCAAUUUAUUAUGAAAUAUUUGCCCCAGCCCUGCUCUCUACCUAUGCUUCGUGUAUAUAUAUGUAUAUUUCUAGAUACCACUCUCUCUCUCUCUCUCUCUCUCUCUCUCUCUCUCUCUCUUGAGAGUGAGAGAGAGGGAGAUACCUACUUAUAAAUAUAGAUCUCUAUAUUUGUCACUAAAACUGUGACCUGGUGUUUAGAGCUAUCUUUCUCCUUUCUUUUUCUUUUUUUUUUUUUUACACUGUGAUGUCUCUGUGCAGAUAUUUAGUGGUUCUUGUUUUGCAGUUUGUUAUAGAAAUUCAUUGCUUUAAAAGAUCCAUUGCAUCUUGGCUGAUUUUGAAGUGAUGCCUGAGUAUCAGUGUUAAAAGAUUUGUUUGUGAAUCAUGUGACCAGCUUCUGUCAACAUGACAUGGAAAGUCUCUUGUACUACAGUGUAUUUAAUACAAAUGAUGUCUUUCAAUAAACAGUGUCAUCCAAAAGAGAGACUGUAAGUGAUACAAUGAUGAUUACUUUAAAAAUGUAUACAAUUUUCAUGAAACAUUGUGUGGUAUUUUCUUUUAUUUGAAUCCUGUUUAAAAAACGUAAUAAUGAAUGGCUAAAUGUGCUUGGAAAUGUGACAUAUUUACAGUCUAAAAUAAUGAUAAAAAACAGUUCCAUACAGGUACUAUACUCCUAUGAGAUGAAAGAAGCAUCACAUACAAAACAGUUAUGAAAUUUUCUACCUGUAUUUACACAAAUAGGGCUAUUAAAAAAAAAAGUCCUAAAGUGAACCCAUUGGAAAAUUUGCACAUUUGGGUACAUGUGCAUGUGAAUACUUGUUUGUCAUACAGUUAUCCAUAUAGCAUAUGCUGUCCUGCAAUAAGGUGCUUAUCAGUAGGUGAAAGUAUUUUCUGGAUACAAUUUAUGUGCAUGUUUUCAAAAUGUGUCUCAUAAUCCACAGCACCAUUAAUAAACUAGCGAAGAUUAGAGUUUGGGUUUCUUCCUUGUCCCAAUGUAGUAUUCAAAUGUUGUGAACAAAUGUAGCAUUAAUUCCAGGCCAGCCUGUAUAGUAGCUGAAACUCAUAAAUAGUAAUAUAUAAAAAAAGCAGUGUUUAUAUAUUCAACAUGGCUUCAGCUGCCUAAUUGAAGAUCCCACUGUAGGUUAUUGAUUUACCCAAGUGUAACCUACACACCUUCUGGGUGUGGUGUUCUGUCCUAUCUAGUGGCACCGAGACCACUUAGAGAGAGACAGAGACAGCGAGAUUAAUGAGUUUGCUCUACAGCCUUAGCUACCAGCCAGUUGGCUCUUAGCUCAGGUGGUAGAGGCGCAUGCACUAAGCUCCAGAUUCAAUCCCACCUGCCAACAACUGGAGUCUGACGGCAUUACAUGAGGCCUUCAGAUUUAAAGGAUACCAAUAGGAAAGCCACUCUAUGGCUAUAACUGUUUGGCUUUGCCAAGAGAUCUGCUUGAGAUUGCAGGAGCUGGCUGUCAUUCUAAAAGUCUGAGGGGAAAUUAUGCAAAGAGCAGCCCAACACAAGGCCAGUCUAAUGCUAUGAAAAUAGCAUCAAGAUCUGUGCUAGUAAAUUAGUUGUCAAUGUAUCAUUCAGUCAGUGGGAAGCGAGCCUCCUAGUGUGGCAUGACAGACUUGGGCCAGCCAGGCUCCCGUUAGCACUCUACAAAGAGCUGUCUAGACAGCGCUUUGAAGAUGUGGCUCAGGCUGAAGAUCGGCCUCUGAAGCUUAGGGAGAGGGGUGGAUUUCAGUUUGCUUCCAUGGGCUGUAUAGACAUACCCUUAGGAUAAUAUUAUACCAUUUCAUGGUGACUAUGCAGGAUGCAGAUAGAGCAGGAGUAUGCCAUACCAUCAAAUCUUGGUUGUUGAAAUGAAACUCCUAGACAUUAUGGCCUUGACUCCACUAGAGAACUGACUUGGUUGUGAUUGAACUGGAUACACUGAACCAUUUGAAGUGGAAAAGAUUCAUUGAAUCCACACUCCCCAUGCUGAGUGGGUUUAUGUUUUUCCCCUCAUCCACACUAGAGCUGUCUUAAACCACUUCACAUAAACCUGGCCAUACAUUCUAGGUGAUGUUGCAAGGCCACACAUGUGCACUGUGAGACAGUAGUGGGAGGCCUAGUUAAACUGUUACAGCUUGUCUGUGUCCACGCUGACACUGAACUAGUUAAGCUUUAACUAGUUAUUAACCCUGCUGAAAGAUAACCUCUUCUAGCUGAGUAUUACAUUGGUUGGGGUAUUUCUGUAUGUAUAUGCAGCGUUCUGCAAACAUUCUAAGGGUUAUAACUGGUUUAAUUUCUUUAGUAUAGACCAGGCAAAUGUGACAGUUUACACAGUUGUGCUAACUGGACUCCUCCACCUCUCUAGCAACACAGCGGCCCAAGGUACCAUGUAGCAGCUGGUCGCCCAGCUUAUGCAGUAUUCCUCUCAAGGAUGGUGAUGUCAGGCAUGCAGCAGGAAUUAAUAAAGCAAAGAGCUGCACCCUUGCUUAUUGCCAAUCAGGUGGAGGAGACCAUGAGGCCCUUAGGACCUGAUCAGGGGGAGAUUUGCCAGCAACAGGAAUACUGGAUGAAGUCCUUACUCAGGAUCAUGAAGGUUUGAUCCGGGAUCAUCUGCUAAAGCAAGAAAUUGUCAUAGCUGUAGUUCUGUAGCACCUACUUGGCUAAGAGCAGUGCUAAUAAAUGCACAGCACACUUAGAGUAUCGCCACAAAUGAGAGAUUUAACUUAAUGUUUUCGUAUUACUGGCUUUGUUUUUAUUAUCUUUGGUCCCCAACAACUGUAAUGAUGAAAUUUGAUUUUGACUGCACAUAGGUAUGCCUUAAAGAGGCUAACAAGCUUGCAGAUCAUCUCAGUAUUUUCAAUGAGUGUUGGACAAACUGCAAUGGUUUGUUAAAGCCUUUUGUUAUCUCCCUACCACAAACUGCUAGCCAAGCAUACUCACCUAUGUGUGAAUUUAUAUAAUGAUGGUUUGCGAAAGAUUGUCAGCUGUGUCUUUGACAUAUUAAUAAUGUAUUCAGAAAUCCCUUUACCCUUCCUGUUUCUUUCUUCUCCUUAGAGUGCAUAAACUUAUUUAAAAACUUGUGUGUGGGGGGGGGGGAAUUGAAUGUUCAACCCAACUGCUGUGGCUGCUAUGGUUUUAGAAACUUUCACAAUUGAUUUUGUGCUGAAAAAGACUGUCAACCCUGAGUAUUAAAUGCUUCAAAUAACUGUAAGAUCAAUAAUCUUGACGACUGUAUUAUUAAAAAAAUCAUUCACAGUA